AUGGCCGGCGGCAAGGUAAAAUACAGGCACCUGGGCCGCAAGUCUUCACACCGACAGGCCCUGCUCCGCAACCUGGUCACCUCACUGUUUGAGAAUGAAUCGAUCACGACGACAUGGGCCAAGGCCAAGGAGGCGCAGCGGUUGGCGGAUAAGUUGAUUACCUUGGGCAAGAAGAACUCGGAGGCUAGUCGGAGACGGGCACUGGAGAUUUUCUAUAAACCCCACGACAUCCUCCCCAAGCUCUUCGGUCCUCUCCGCGAACGCUACGCCGAACGACCCGGUGGCUACACCCGCGUGCUCCGCGUCGAGCCCAAGGAGAAAUACGAAUACUACUCCGUCCGCCGCGGCGACAAGAACGCCGUCCCCGAGCGCAAACCCGCCGACCAAGCGCCCAGCGCCAUUCUCGAACUCGUCGACGGCCCCAAGGACAUGCGCUUCGCGAUGACGGCACGUGCGAUCGCGCGCCAACGCGAGGAGGGUCUUAAAGAGCACGAGCUCACGGCUAUGAAUAAGAAGAAGGUUACGCAGUUCCGAAAGGACGGUGUUGAUGCGCUGGAGGCUGCUGUUCAGCAGUUGCAGAUCCGUGACUCUGAGUCUGAGGGUGUUUCUGCUCUUGAGGGCGAGGAGUCGAAGUCUGUGCAGGAGGAGGCUCGUCGGAGUGCGGCCCAGGCUGGUCGUUUGGCUAAGAAGCUUAAUGCUUAA